AGGUCCGGACACCUCCGCGGGGACGUUACGAUGAGCCGAGCGAAGACAGCGUCGGCUUCGAAGCCUACCAGGGAAUAAACGAGCGCGAGAUGAACAGCCUACACAAGCGCAUCCCUGGGCUGCGGCGGCACGACCCCAAGACGUCGACCAUCCGGCAACACUACUACCCGGAGGGUGGCUGGGGCUGGGUGGUGUGCGGCUGCGCCUUCCUCGUCCACCUGGUGAUCGCUGGCUUCCAGCUCAGCUACGGCGUCCUGCUGCUGCACGUGCUGGCCGCCUGGGGCCGCGAAAGCUACAUGAAGGCCGUCUGGCUGGGCAGUCUGAACCUGAGCGUCAGCCUGCUGGUGACGCCGGCCGUGGUCGGCUUGUGCCGCCGCAAGUCUACCCGCCUGACAGCCGUGCUGGGCGGGCUGGUGGCCGCCCUCGCUUGUCUCUUCACCUCGUUCGCGCAGCAGCUGCAUCAAGUCUUCCUCAGUUACGGCGUCGUGAUGGGCAUCGGCGUGGGUCUGACGCGGGAGACGUCUGACCUGAUGACCGGCCAGUACUUCAAACGGCGCCGCGAGUUUGUGGAGAUCAUCGUCCAGUCUGGCGCCGGCAUCGGGCUCACGCUGGUCUCCACCAUCCUCCGGUACAGCUUGGGGUGGCUGGGCUGGCGGCUGGGCCUGCAGGUCAUCACCGGCAUCGUCUUCAGCACGUUCAUCAUCGGCAUCUUCUAUCGGUCCGCGUCGCUCUAUCAUCCGCAGAGGAGAGCGAUACUUCAUCUAAAAAACCAGAAACGAAAAGUCAAGGAGAAAAAGGAGUUUAAGAUGAAGAACCCGAAGCCGGAGGAGAAGCCCCCGUACCUGGACUGGAGUGUGCUGCGAGCGCGAACCGUGCAGGUGCUGGUGAUGUCAGCCGCUCUCGGCGGCCUCGGCAUCUACACUCCCGUCAUACUGCUGAUGGUGCAGUGUGAAGAGGAGGGACUGGACGCCGGCUCUCUCGGCCUCCUGCAGACUUUCCUGGGGCUGGCACUGGCCCUGGGCUGCCUGGGCUGCGGCGUCGUUGUGGUCCGGCCGUCAACCCAGUGCUGGAUCUCACGACAGUACCUCUGCCAAGCCACCCUUCUCGGCAUCAGCAUCAGCCUGCUCGCCCUGGCUGUGAUCGAAGGCUAUCACGGCUACGUGCUCUUCACCUGGCUGUACGGUGUCCUGCUGGGCGGCUACCGGUACGCCAUCAAGGUGUACACGUUCGAGCGCGUGCGAGCGCGCAACUUCAGCCGCGCCUGGGCGCUGGUGCAGGCGGCUGCCUCCCUCAGCUGCCUGGUGGCGGCGCCCAUCACCGGCUACAUCAACCGUCGGAGCCCGAAGGCCGGCUACUACUUUUCGAGUGUGAUGGUCCUGCUCAGCGCGUGCGUCUUCUUCAUGAUGAACUUGUACCGCAACAAGCUGAAGAAGAUGGACACGUCGCUGUCGUACACGACCGUCGACAGUCAGCUGUCGUCGGGUCACGACGCGUGCCAGCUGUCGGUGGAGCAUGACAGCGCACACAAGGUGUGCACCUGCGCCUUCCCGCCGGAGGAGGGCAGCGCCCACUCGUCGGGAGCCUUCGGCCGGGCGCCGCCACUGCAGCGCGUCGGCAAGUCAAUCUCGUUCGCCAACUCGGUGGACGUGCUAGACGACGGGGCGCUGCUGGAGCGCGUGCCAGACGGACUGACGUGUAUCUCGGAGGAGGGCCUGCUGGACCAGCUGGACAACUACAGCUACUACUUCCCCGGCGACUGCAUCACCAGCUGCGAUAAGGUGGAGAACUUCCUGCUGCACACGGAGCGCUCGCUGGGCCGGCCGGGCGAGUCGGUGUUCCUGGCGCGGCCGUUGCAGCUGUCCGGCGCGGUCAGCGUUAGUGAGCCGGAGUUCCUCGGCAGACUGGGCGCCGUGCGGCUGGAGGAGGAGGCCCGCCGCCCGCCGCCGCCGCCGCCGCCGCCUCCACCGCCGCCGCCGCCGCUCGGCCCCAGGGGCUCAAUACUGCGCAACGGCGCGCAGUGGCGGCCGCAGAACGAGAUGAGUGUGAUCGACGAGAUGACCACGUCGGUGUGAUGACUGCGGCGCACGUCCGGCCAGCUGACGGCCGUGCGUCACAGGUCACCUGACCACGCGCUCCCGCUGAGGUAGUGCUGUUACGUGUGGGAUGACGUGAGAGGGAAUUGUUUUAGGUCGGUGCUAAAAGUUGGAUAUAUUGUGACGCUGAAGAGAGAAGUGUCCCCAGUCAAUUUGGACGUGGGUUGCCACUCACUCG